AUGGCAAAACGCCAAGCGUCUGAAGCUCUCGAGCACCUGGCAGGCGUCGCCUCGCCCGCGUCGAAGAAGCCACGGACAGCAGCAGCAGCAGCAGCAGCAGCAGCGCUCGGAAGCCCGCCGUCGCCGCCGGACUCCCGGGGCCAAGAAGACGAAGAGGAAGAAGAAGAUGAAGAAGAAGAUGAAGAGGCCGCCGCAGGGGCAACCGCAUCGGCGCCGCUGCGACAAGCAAACCCCGCCGAGGGCUACGCCGACCUCUACCUCGACACCAUCGACCGGCACGUCCUGGACUUUGACUUUGAGAAGCUGUGCUCCGUGUCCCUGUCCAACAUCAACGUCUACGCGUGCCUCGUGUGCGGCAAGUACUUCCAGGGAAGGGGGCCCCGGUCGCACGCCUACUUCCACGCCCUGGACCAGGAUGACCACGUCUUCAUCAACCUCGAGACGCAGCGGGUCUACGUCCUCCCCGAGGGGUACGAGGUGACGAGCAAGUCGCUCGACGACAUCAAGUACGUCUCGGAUCCGCGCUACACCAGGCGCGAGGUGAUGGCCCUGGAUCGCGGCAGCGGCAGCGGCAGCGGCACGUCGGCCUCGUCUGCCGACGCGCACGGAGCGCAAGCCGGGCCCGCGGGACGGAGCAAGGCGUGGACCCUGUCGGGCAAGGAGUACACCCCGGGCUUCGUGGGCAUCAACAACAUCAAGGCGAACGACUACCUCAACGUCGUCGUGCAAACCCUGUCGCACGUGCCCCCGCUGCGCAACUUUUUCCUCCUCGACGACUUCGCCAAGACCACCACCACCACCACCACCACCACCACCAAGUCGGAGCUCGUCAAGCGGUGCGGCAUCCUGUUCCGCAAGAUCUGGAACCCGCGCGCGUUCAAGGCCCACGUCUCCCCGCACGAGCUGCUGCAGGAGAUCGCGCUCCGGUCCAACAAGCGCUUCACGCUGACCAACCAGUCCGACCCCGUCGAGUUCCUCUCCUGGUUCCUCAACAACCUCCACCUCGGGCUGGGCGGCAGCAAGACCAGGCCCGGCAGCUCCGUGAUCCAGCGCACCUUCCAGGGCAAGCUCAAGGUCGAGUCGCAGGCCAUCACCGCCAGGGCCGACGCCACCGACCGGCUGCGCUUCGAGGAGGCCGCCCACGUCAAGGUCGACGUUGUGCGCUUCCUCCUCCUCACGCUCGACCUCCCCCCCGCGCCCCUGUUCCAGGACGAGCUGGAGAAGAACAUCAUCCCCCAGGUGCCCCUGACCACGAUCCUGUCCAAGUACGACGGCAAGUCGGCGCAGGAGCACCACUCCCAGCGCAAGCGCUACCGGCUGCUGCACCCCCUGCCGCCCUACCUCGUCCUGCACGUCAAGCGCUUCUCCCAGAACAAGUUUGUGUCGGAGCGCAACCCCACCAUCGUCACCUUUGACGCCCGGAACCUGGACGUGUCGCCGUACGUGGAGCCGAACCCGGCGGAAUGGCCUCCCUCGGAACCGAUCUGGUACGACCUGGUCGCCAACGUGGUCCACGAAGCCGUCCGCACGAGGGAAGACGUCGCCGACUCGGGGGACGAGAGGAAGACUUGGAAGGCGCAGGUGAUUGACAAAGCGACGGGCGAAUGGGUCAGCUGCCAGGAUCUGUAUGUGGAAAAGGUCCAAAGCGAGCUGCUGUAUCUUGGCGAGACGUAUCUGCAGGUCUGGGAGAGGAGGAGAGACCAAAAGGACGGCGAGCGACAGGGGAACAAGCAAGCCUCGAUGACGACUGACUGA